CCCCAGCUGCCUCCCCAUCAAGUCGUUGUCUUUAAUUGAAAACGCACUUAUCAUUUAUCAGCAUGCCUUAAUCGUGGCUACUUUAAUCUACCUGAUCAUAUGGAUCGCUAUACUUGUGCAUAUAUAUAUACGCGGCUAUAUGGCAAGCUGGCCAGCAAGCUUAAUUAAGCAAUCAUCAUCAUAUCGUAACCCCCAAACAGAACAUUCCAUAUCUUCAGAAAAAUUGCACGAUGAUGCAAGAUUAUUCCAGUUGCUAUGGUUCAUCGGUGACAGAGGAAUCAAAGGAUGUGAAACAUGCAGAUUCGUGGCUGCACUCAGUGAGGAAGCCAGCAUCAAAGCCGUGCAAGAAGGCUCCGGUGGCGCCGAUGCCUCCACCUCCGAUCAAAGUGUACAAGGUGGAUCCUAUGAACUUCCGGGACCUUGUUCAACAGCUUACUGGUGCACCCGAGUUCAAGCCUCAUGAUCACCAUCUUCAAGGCCUUCCAUCCGCAGUACCUAUGCCUGUUUCUUCUUCCUUUGUUGAUGCUUCCGGCAGAGACAGUGCGACAGUAACCUCCCCAAACUUCAAUUGGGCUACCCAAGCGCCUACGUCUAAUCUGUACCUGCAGGAUCACUUGCAAGCUGAUGCAAUGGGAAUGGGACUGAAAUAUCAAGAUCUUUCGGGGACGCCCUGGAAUUGAUGAAUCUGUAUGCGCCUUCUUAUAAUAAUUGCUAUUCUUCCCCCGCCCCUCUUUUUCUGUCUCCUUAAGUCUGGCAACUAUGACCAGCAAAGCAGGUUUCACCUCAUCAUAUGUAAUGCACUUCCCACUUAUAUAUUUUAUUAUCUACCGUUCU